AUAAUGUUAUGACUAUAUAAUAUACUCAAAAAAUAUAAAGGUGUAAGUCUGUUCAAACACAUUUUUAGAAAUAUGUUGUCCUCACAGAGGAGACACAAUAAAUGUGGUGUUAUAGAUUAUGAUGACUGUAGAUUAAAUACAAUAUAGAAUAUUUCAAUAAGCACAGAUCAUUCGAAAGAAUGAACAUGAUUUUGACUCCAAUGGCGCAUCCCGGCAGAAUGGAACCCCAGUUUUGAAAGGGAUUAGAGCAGGGCCCCCAGGAGCCUAGACACUGGUGGUGGAGAUGAAGGUGGCAUGAAUGGAGCUUGAGAGAUGAGAGGUAGAGAUUGGGAGGAGGUGGUUUGCACAAAGGCGUCUGUGAAAGAGAAAGAGAUUUGCAGGUAGAUCUAAAGUAUGUGCCAUGAAUGCUGAUUGGCUUGGAGAAGGCAGGGAGAAGAUGAUUGGACUAGACCAGUGAUAACACAAACAGCUUGACAGCGUGGGAAAGUCUGAUAAGCUUAGAAUUAGGGGGCAGCACCUGGGAGCGGACAGAUGUGUGGCCAUAGAUCUUUCUUAUUGAACUUGGGCAUAAGCUUCAUUUAAAAACCUUAAGCAUUACUGAUCUACUAUCAUCUAUUACUAAUUCAGAAUAAGCAACAUUGACUCAUAUGAAACUAAUAGUUAAAUGGUUAAAAACAGUUCAUCAUUUUUUAUUAUGCUAAAUAUUUUGACAAAUAUAAAAGUGAUAAUUUAGAGUUUUUCAGGCAUGAAAGAGUACAGCAAAAAAACACAAGGUUGUCAGGAUGAAGAAGAAAAGCGAGGCCAGUGAAAAAAAAAUGAAACCUAAUAAUUUUUUAUCUGGUCACUACUUCAUAACAGCUAAAGUCACUGAAGUCAGUUUCCACCUUUUCUAUUGCACACUCCCUCCAACCUCUCCACCACCUGUUUACUGUGGUUUCCCACACAUGCCAGCUGAUACACCUACAGUCAGGCUAUCUCCUCCCCCCUCUUCUUUACCAUAUAAUUUAAUCUUGUUCUGUGGAAGAGACCUAAGCUUCCCGUGAACAUCUAGUAAUACUUGUUCUUCUUGUUGACAUUGACUAUCCUGCAAAUGCAUUUGCAACACCUGGUGAAUUUUAGGAAUCCAUGCCUGCCCAGUCUUGCAUGCCACCACCAGACAGGCCUGAAAUAUUAUAUUUCUGUAUUUCUUUGUUUUGGUUUGAGUGUCUUUGUGUACUUUUAGGACUUGUGUGAAAAUGUGAGAUGUUCAUUUUCUGAUUUAUUGAAAAAUAUAUAAACCCCCCCCAAAACAAAACGCUGCAUGCUUUCACAUAACAAACAAGGCCCCAAGGCAAGAUUAAAAUUGCAUUGCAGGUGUUGCAUUUACUUUAGAUGUCAGUCUUAUGCUUCAGUGUGCAGGGUUUCAAGCUUGAACAUGACGUCUAAAUUGUAGAAAAAAAUAGGGCGUGUUUUCUUUCACUUUUAUGACAUAUAACUUUCCAUGAAGGGGGGAGGUUGUGCAGACUUUUGUUUUAGAAGCACAAUGAAUAUUAGUUCCUGUACUUCAGUCAACUUUAGCUUCCAUGAACACAAAAUUCUACCUGCCAUUUAUGCCUUUGUUAUCAUUGUUGGUCUGGGAGGAAAUGGAUUGGGACUAAAGUCUCUGCUGCAGAAAAAGAAGAAACUUCGACACAUUAAUCUGUUCCUUCUGAACCUUGGAGUUGCUAAUUUUUUGUUCCUGCUAACACUCCCAUUUUUGUCAGCGUACUACUUUAUGGACAGUGAAUGGAUCUUUGGAGAUGCCUUCUGCAAGACCACAAGAUUCUGCUUCAACCUGAAUUUAUACGGCAGCAUUGGAUUCCUCACCUGUAUAAGUGUGUACAGGUACCUGGCUAUUGUCCAUCCAAUGAAAGUGAUGGGACGGAUAACUGUGACUCACUCUGUGGCUAUCUCAGUUGUGGUUUGGCUGUUGGUGAGUGCUCAAAGUCUUCCAGACAUCUUCUUCUCCAAAAACUCACCAAAUGAAACUGAAAAAUGCUACCAUACCACCUCUGACGAAUAUGUGGAGGAUUAUCUGAAAUACAGUGUGGGUUGGACAUUGACUGGGUUUGUUAUACCACUCCUUAUUUUACUUGGCUGCUAUGGACAUGUGACUCUUGUUCUCUGUCAUGCAAAUACCAUUAAGGAGGUGGUGAAAAAACGAGUGUUGAAGUUGUUAUUCAUCUUGAGCCUUCUCUUCUCGGUUUGUUACAUCCCCUAUCAUAUUUUCAAGAACCUCAGCCUUUAUUCAAGAGUUUUGUCAAAACAGGGGAAAUGUCCAGAUUGGAAUGAGGGAGUCUUUGGGGCUCACCAGAUAAGUCGUGGAAUUGUGUGUUUGAACAGUGUUUUGACUCCCCUGGUUUACCUCCAUGUAAAGGAUUUCCCUACUCGAUUCCAACAGCUGCUCCAGCGAACUCGUCAGAUCUUUAAUUGGCCAAAAUCAAGGAGUGGCAGAAUCCCUGUGACACAGUCUGAUAAAGUUUAACAAGUUUGCCAUAUGUUAAAAAUCCUAAAAUGUUUUAAAUAACCAUUGCAUUUAAAUAAGCCAGCCCUACACGCAUGCAUCUUUGUUGUAAAUGUAAUCGCACUGUAUGUAAUUUCACUGGUUUUGACUAAGUCAACAUUAGCAGCCACUUAAUAACAAUAUUUUAUUUCUGAUGCAAAUAUCUUGUGAUCCUUGAAAUGAACUACUGUGGCAUGAUUACAGCACCCCCUGCCAAAUGCAAUAAAUAAAUAAAAUUGGGAUACAUAAGUAAAGAUCCUUUAUUUUCCAUGUAAAGCAUCACGGUAAAAUGAUGUUACAUAGACACCAGUGGCUAGAAGUGGUACAUUUUCAAAAUAAUCUAUCAGCCAGUACCUAUGACAAACUAUCACAACGACAACAUUCUUUAUAAUGUCACAUCAUAAAAACAGUUAAGGAUCUUCACUUCUCAUCUCAAGUUGUGUUUGAAGUAUAAAGCUGCACCCACACCCCUUGGCUUAUUAUGAGAGGCCACCAAGACCCUCAUAACACUAGAGUUAAACAAUAAUGUCAUUGUCCUACCUUUGUGGCAAAAUAUGCUGAUAUGAUAAUAACUUGUUCUUUAUGUAGUGUCUAAAUUAUAAUAGAUAUAUGUUUAUUGUAUUUUGCUUUAUUUUGUAUAGCAUUUUUUUCUUUUCUUUCCUAAACAAAAAAAAUGCUGUAAACAAAGAAUGCUUUCAAACAUGGAAGUGUUAAUCAUUUAUUUUCAUCAAUCAACAAAAUGCAGUGAAUGAACAAAAGAGAACUCUAAAACAAAUCAAUAUUUGGUCUGACCACCCUUUGCCUUCAAAACAGCAUAUACUUCUAGGUACACUCGCACACAGUUUUUGAAGGAACUCGACUGGUAGGUUGUUCCAAUCAUCUUGGAGAACUAACCACAGAUCUUCUGUGGAUGUAGGCUUCCUCACAUCCUUCUGUCUCUUCAUGUAAUCCCAGACACACUCGAUGAUGUUGAGAUCAGGGCUCUGUGGGGGCCAUACCAUCAUUCCCAGUACAUCUCUGACUUGCUCACUGUCUACAGCUCAGUCAGACCUCUCAAGGAUCAGAUUCAGAUGUUUUACAUGUUCCCAGAAAUAGAUCUCAGUCUACUAAGAGUGUUUUCAGUCAUAUGAAAUAUGUAAA